CAGAGAAGGGGCAGCGAAUAUUCAAGCUACGCAUAGCGGCAUUGCUUGUUGCUCUUCUCAUUCUGACGUCAUUACGAUGAAUGACCCCGGAGCGUCACGUGACACAAGAACAAGACAUGACACUUAUACUGUUCCGGUGUGUCUGGACGAUGAAGUCGAUGAAGUUGAUGCAGUUGAUGCUGUCGAUGCUGUUGAUGCUGGGAUAGACACGGCGUUAUGUCUGGCAUCAGUCCAAGCACCUGCUCAUACGCUGGAUAACACAAUCGCUACCAUUGUUAUUGACGAUGCCAAACAAACCCCAUUGCACCUGGCACCGUCUAGGGGAGACAGAGAGGCUGUUCAGAAGUUGCUCGAUGAUGAAGCUGAUGUCAAUGCUGUGGACGUGUCUAAACAGACGCCAUUACACCUUGCAAUACGCCGGGGAGAUAGUGCCACAGUCAAGUCGUUACUGAUUCAUAAAGCUGACGUCAAUGCUGUUGAUUGCUACCUUCAGACGCCAUUACAUCUAGCUACAGACAACUAUGGAGGUACUUCCACGCUUGAGAUGUUGCUGGAUCAUGAAGCUGAUGUCGAUGCUGUUGAUGAUAACGGUCAGACGCCAUUACACAUAGCAGCGGCAAAUCUUGGAGGAGCUGACGCUGUUAAGAUGUUGCUGCAGCACGAGGCUUCUGUUGAUGCUGUAGAUGCCCACAGACAGACGUCACUGCAUCUGGCCGUAUCCAUGGGGAUUAUUCACACCGUUCAGCUUCUGUUGGAGAACAAAGCUGACGUUAAUGCUUAUGAUGAAAAGAUGAGGAUACCAUUGCACCUGGCUGUAACCAGAGACUCCAGCCUUGUCCAGAUGUUGCUGGAAUGUGAUGCCGACGUUAACGCCGUUGAUGACGUCGGGGACACGCCGUUACACCAGGCAGUAUCAAAUGGAGUAUUUGACACUACUAAACUGUUGUUGAAGAAUAAAGCUGAUGUGAACGCUGUAAAUGACUCCUUACAGACGCCUCUGCAUCUGGCAUCAGAGAAGGGAGACUCCGAUAUCGCACAGCUGCUGUUGUGUCAUAGGGCUGAUGUUGAAGCUGUCGACUAUAAUAAUCAGACGCCGUUACAUUUGGCAGCAAAGUGGGGGAACACUGACACUGUUGUAGUGUUGGUGAAUGGUGACGCUGAUGUCAACGCCGUGGAUAACCAACAACAGACGCCAUUACAUAUUUUGGCAUAUGAGGGAGAAGGUUCUGUUGGUGUGCAAGUGUUGUUGGAUAAAAAGGCUGAUGUUAAUGCGGUUAAUGACUACACACAAACACCGCUACACCUGGCGGCAGAACGACAUGAAGGGUCUGACGUUGUUCGGGCGUUGCUCGGUGGUAACGCUGAUGUGAAUGCUGUUGAUUACAAUGACCAGACGCCACUGCACUUGGCCAUGUUUGGGGAAAACAGUGACACAAUUAGGAUUUUGUUGGAAAAUAAAGCUGAUGUGAACGCUGUUGAUGAGAGCAAUAAGACGCCUUUACACAUUGCGGUACAGAAGAAGGCUGAUAUUGUUCAGAUGUUGUUGAAUUAUGGUGCUGAUGUCAAUGUUGUAGAUGCUGAACAAUGCACUCCAUUGCAACUGACGGCGGAGAGAGACACUGAUAUUGUCCAGGUGUUAUUGAAGCAUACUGAUGUCAACAGUGCAGACUCGUGUACGCCACUAUAAAUUGUCCCUUUGUGUGGGUACAUUGGGAUAUGAACGUUCAUGUGAGUGCCAACUGUAUGAACGUCGGAGCUUAAGACGACGUUCAUGCAAUGUUUGGCCCCCGCUCUAAGACAGUUCAUGCCCCAAUGAACUCACACAAAGGGAAAGUGAAGUCUUUUUCAAAAAACUACUACAGUAAACUACGGUUAUAACGAACUCAAAGGGACGACUAACUUGUGUUUGUUU